AUGUCAUUUCAAUAUUAUCUCUCAACAUGGACCAAAGCCCUCCUGUUUUUAAGAUUAUCCCUUCAGUUGCCACGUUCUUCUCUCAACCCACCGCCAAUGGCCUCCUCUUUACACUCGAAUCUUAAUUUCGUACCCACAACCCAGUCCACGGUGGCGGUCGGAGGCGGCGCCAGACCUCACCGCUUCUCCAUCAUACUGUGUGGCCCACGAGACAACCGUGGGCCACUCCUCAAAGGUCGGAUCCUAAGCACCGAAGCAAUCCAAGCCAUCCAGGCCCUCAAACGUGCCCACAGAACCGAUCCGACAAAUCUCCCCACCCACAUGCUCUCUCGCCUCAUUAAAUCCGACCUCAUCGCCGCCUUCAAGGAGCUCCUGCGCCAAGACCACUGCAUUCUCGCCCUCAAAGUGUUCUCAACCAUCCGAUCAGAAUACGUCGUCGAUUGGAGCAAUUACGCCGACCUGGUUCUCGCAUUAACCAGGAAAGGAUUCAGAGAUGAAAUUGAAGCCCUAAUUCUUGAUAUGGAAAAGGAGGGAGGGAUUCAGUGUGAUGAUAGUAAGGGAUUAUCGAGGCUGAUUAAGGCUUUGAUUGAUACCGAGAGGAAAGAAUCGACGGUCAGGAUUUAUGAGAUGAUGAGGAGGAGUGGGUGGGGUUCCAACGUUACAGUGGAUGAGUAUUUGGGCAAAGUGCUGAGCAGAGGGUUGAGGAGAUUUGGAGAGGAAAAAAUGGCCGAUGAGAUUGAUGAGGACUUGAGGAGGUUUUGUAGGGGUAUUUCGGAGAAACCAAGGGUUUAG